AUGUGGGUGGUGCAACACGUCACGGAGGCCGCCUCAGGCUACAUGGUCCGAGGUGCGGUGGCGCUGACCAGCGGGGAGGGCGAUGGCCUGGCGGAGUUCGAGCCUUUGCCGGGGAACCACACCUACCUGGUGCCCUUGAAGUAUCAAGUGGCCAAGUUCAUCCUCUUCAAGCAGCCUGCCCGCGAGCCGGGCCACGAGGCCCCUUGGACAGAGGGCGUGAUCCAGCAGCUGCCCUCACAGGACAACCGAUUUUGCCACAUCGUGAAGUUUGUCUCUGGCGCGGCUAUGGAUAGAGAGGAGCCGCUCCACCUGGAUGGCAUGAACAGCGGCAUCCGCGUGGCCAACAUGACGGCCUCGGCCUACGAUGAGGAGGUGUCCAAAAUCAAGGGCCAUUUCCGGGCACGGCAUAGCUGGAUCAUGGACUCCUUGUCCGGGACGCGUUUCAACGUGAAGGAGUGCGCUCCGCCCACCUUGAGCACGGUGACUGUGAACUACAACGUAAAGAGUGAGGGGAGCAACAUGACCAGCAGUAUGAGCAUCAGCAAGCUGAUGCGGCGAUCGGCCUCGGCCUUCUCCAACAACCUGGGCGGGCCCGGUGACGGGACGACCUCAGAGGUGAAGACGGGCUGGCAGACGGUGCUGCAAGCUGUGGAGAGCUACAAUCUGGGGCAGCCGAGCUGCUUCCCCAACGCCUUCCUUGUGAAGGGCUCCCCCGGCAGCGGCAAGUCCUGUUUCGUCGGGCGAUUGUUGAUGGAGCUGCUGGACAGGUAUGAGAACCUCAUUCCGCUUAUGCUGCCGGUGGCAGAUUUGGUGAAGCGCUCCGAUCCAGAAGGUCCGGACGCGUACGAUGCAGAUGCCGUGCAGGACUGGUUUGACAACUACCUGCGCAUCACCUAUGGAGAAGACAGUCUGCGCUACAGCAUGAUCUGCCAGGCCAUCAGCAUGUCGCGGGUGGUCUUCCUCUUCGAGGGUCUCGAGGAUGCGGAGAAGCCGACCAAGGCGGUGGAGAGCUUGAUCCGAGUCCUGGUGCGGGCGAAGAACCUCGUGGUGGUGACUUCCCGGCCUCUGCUGAGCGGGCGAAGCGCCCUGGAGAAUGAGCCGGAGUUGAUUGUCACCAUGCGCCUCGAGAACCUCUCGGACGAGCAGAAGCGGAUGGUCGCCUAUGCGCGCCUGGGUGCUGAGGGCAUCGAAGCGUAUGACAAGCUCUUGUCAAGGCUUCGUACGUCGCAGAACGUCAGCGACCAGGGUGAAGAGGCAGCCACCGACGGCGCCGAGGACGUGUUCGGCAAUCCCAUGAUGCUUAGCAUGCUGCUGUGUUACCUGCAGACCACAGCCAAGACCAAAAAUGCGGAGAAGAGGGAGACCGAUGCGGACGAGAAGGGCGGCGAGGAGUCCGAGGAGACCACGCUCACGGCAGUGUACCGGGUGGCCGUGGACGUGAUGCUUCAGCGCUUGCAGGCGCGAACCCAAGCUGACCGCAUCAAGGCCCAGGAGCGGGUGGACCAGUUUAAGCAGAUCUUGCAGAUCAUGGCCAUGGCCAUGCAAAUCAGCCGGCGAGUGGAGAUCCGGGUGGAGGAGGUGGAGACCCUCCUGAAGCCCGAGCUCCAGGCUGGCUGGGAGGCCCUCAAGUCCGCCGUGUCCGCAGGCCAUGCCAUGUUCCUGCGAAUGACGGGGGAGGUGGGCAGAGAGGAGCUGCGGUUCUUGGUCAAGGGCUUCCAGAACUUCUUUGCUGCCUCCUGCGUGGCUGCGGAGGGCGCGGAGGGCUUACCCGACCUCAAGGAGCUGCUGACUGACGCAUGGUGGCAGCAAAUGUUGGAGAUGUUGGGGGAGGCUUGGCCCAUGAACUACGUUGAGAUCGUUCAGAGCCGCCUGGGGCAGUUCAAGUCCACCAGCAAAGACAACUUCCUCCACAUCGCGGCUCGAUCUGGGCACAGGCCGAUCUUCCAGCUGCUGCACCGUUUUGCGGAGCAGCACAAAGCGGCGCUCAACCAGCGGGGUGAGGACGGCAUGCUGCCUUUGCACCUGGCCGCCCAGACGGGGCACACGCAGCUCAUUGAGCUCAUGUUGAAGGCUGGCUCAGCGCUCAAUGCGGAGGACGCCGGGGAGCGGCUGGCGGUACACAUCGCCAUGCGCUGUGGCCACUUUCAGACGGCGGCCUAUUUAAACGACCGGUGGCUGGAGACCUAUGGGAACGUGAAGACCUACGAGCGGCGCUCGCGCAAGGCGGAGCAGCUGGCGCAGCGCUUGACGGGGCUCACGGAGGCCCAGUUCCUGGCCGGCGCCAACGAGACCUUCACAGAGCUCGGCUUCUUCAGCCAGAAGGAAGCAGAGGACAAGAGGAAGACGGUGGGAGCCUUGCUGGCGGUCUUCUGGAUUGUGGCCAAUCAGUACGAUCAGUUCGUCCGAGGACAAGACGAGAAGAAUCGUCUGUCCAGGAGUUCCUGGGAACAUCUUCAGGACUGGACUACCAACACGGUACGCCUCACCAAGAGCCAUUCGAUGGUCAGCGCCAUGCUGGUCUACGUGGCCAUCAUGAAUGUGGGCAAGAUCAAGCCUUUCCGUGCCGCAUUUGCUCCGGAGGAGGACGAGGCCACCGAGGCACUGGCCCGGGUCUUGCACCGGAGCCCCAUCCUGGUGCCCUCCUUUGCCAAGCUGGAGCUGGAGCAGCAGCAGAUCAUCCUCUCGGCCCUGAAGGCCGACUUCAACUUUGGCCAGUUCCUCCAGGCUGAGAACCUGCCAGCAAACCUCUUCACUGUCAGGCAGAUCCUGGCGGAAGGGGGCGCUGCGGCGGGGGGCGGCGCAGCGCCGGGGGAUAUCCUGGGCUUCUUCCUUUUCC